AUGGACCUCAAGGCUACGGCCUUGCUGAAACUGGUUUACCUGGAAAUGUUUGGACAUGAUAUGUCAUGGGCUUCCUUUCAUGUUCUCGAAGUUAUGUCCUCGCCAAAAUACCUGCAGAAACGAGUCGGAUAUUUGGGCGCUGUGCAAAGUUUCCGACCGGAUACUGAAGUUCUGAUGUUGGCUACAAAUCUCUUGAAGAAGGAUUUGAGUUCCGCGACACCGACAACAAUGUCUCUACCAAUCAUAACAUUACCGCAUGUCAUUACUCCUUCACUGGCACUAUCGGUUGUCUCAGACUUACUACCUCGAAUGACACAUUCCCAUCCAACGAUUCGCAAGAAAACUAUUGUCACACUUUAUAGAUUGGCCCUAGUCUACCCAGAAACAUUACGUCCGGCAUGGCCCAAAAUCAAAGAGCGAUUGAUGGAUGAGGGCGAAGAUCCAAGUGUUACCGCUGCAAUUGUCAAUGUAGUUUGUGAAUUGGGAUGGCGGAGACCUCAAGACUUUUUACCACUCGCCCCAAGGUUAUUCGAGCUCCUUGUUGAUAGUGGAAAUAAUUGGAUGGCCAUCAAACUCAUUAAAUUGUUCGCUACCUUGACUCCGCUUGAGCCAAGAUUGGUCAAGAAACUUUUACCACCACUUACAUCUAUCAUUCGAACCACUCCAGCAAUGUCAUUGCUAUAUGAAUGUAUAAAUGGCAUUAUAUUAGGCGGAAUUCUAGGAAGCAGUGAGGAAUCGGCAGGCGGGGAAGAGAUAGCCACUCUUUGUGUGAGCAAGCUGCGGGGUAUGAUUAUGGUUGAGGGAGACCCUAAUCUAAAAUAUGUCGCUCUACUCGCUUUCAACAAGAUUGUUGUUACUCACCCAUUUCUUGUCGCUCAACAAGAAGAUGUAAUAAUGGACUGUAUUGAUAGUCCUGAUAUCUCAAUUCGCUUACGCGCAUUAGACUUAGUUGUAGGUAUGGUCAGCAGCGACAAUCUGAUGUCGAUUGUUGGGAGAUUAAUGAGACAACUCCGAAGUUCUCCCUCAAUGCCUGCAAGUAGUUCAAAUCCUCGUCCAGCUGGACACAUUGAACCCGAAGCAGAUUCAGACGACGAGGCUCCGGAAGUUGCGAUCAGGUCUGAUAGAGGGUCAUCACAAGAUUUGUUAUUGCCUGAUGACUAUAAGGUGGAUGUCAUCACCAGAAUACUCCAAAUGUGCUCGAUAAACAAUUAUGCUAAUCUCGUCGAUUUCGACUGGUAUAUCGAUAUUUUAAUUCAACUCGUCAGGAAUGCUCCUAUCACAAAUGCGACCUCAAACCAAGAAAUGGACGAAUCCUCAGAUGACGAUAUUUCUGAAAGAAUUGGAGAUGAAUUGCGAAAUGUUGCCGUCAAGGUAAAAGCAGUUCGAUCCCAAGCGGCCAGGGCUGCUGAUUCAAUACUGAUACUAGCUUUUAACGAUACGUCGAGUCAAGUUAGCUCCGGGAACGGAGCACUCCGUCCGAUAUCAUGGAUGAUUGGAGAGUACGCUUCUUAUCUGGAGUCCCCAGAAAAUACAAUGGCAGCCUUACUGCAUAUUGCCAAGGUUUCGACGUCUGCUGAGAGUCUCAUUGUGUACCUCCAAGCAUUGCCAAAGGUUUUUGCGAUCAUAGCCGAUGACGAGCAUUCAUUGUGGACGGUUGAAAGGAAGACAAUGAUGUCACUGUUAAUGGCACGCAUUAUAAAUGCCAUUGAACCCCUUGCAAUGCACCCCGAUUUAGAGGUCCAGGAGAGGGCAGUUGAAUUUUCAGAGCUGUUAAAGUUGGCAGCGGAAGCGACAAAUGGUCAAGAGCCGUCCUCGGAAUCUGGGCAGGAAUUAAAUUCUGUUGCAGCUAGUGCGCAGAAAAAUGUUCCGUUGCCAUCUAAUUUGGAUCUUGAUCAGCCAAUCAAUCCAAAUUUGCACAACCUACUGCGCAACGUAGACACGAUAUCCUUCGAUGAGCCCGAAAACGACGAAUUCGAAGUCUAUUAUCAUCAGAAACCAGAGCCUACUUCAAUUUCAUCAAAUGAGCCUGCUAUCAAUCGUCUUGGCGGAAGUCCCGACCAACCUGCUCAGUCUUAUCAACAAGGCAGCGAAGAGUCAUAUCUAGAUCCAGAUAUCGUUGCGCGACGGAAAGCGGAAAGACUUGAAAGAAAUAGAGAUGAUCCCUUUUAUAUUGCACCGACUGACGGUAGUAUCUCUGGCACUUCAACGCCUCUUCAUAACAUUAUUCAAAACAACAAUGGACCAGAUUUAGACAUCGAUGCCAUACCAAUCAUGCAGCUAGACUUGGGCAAGACAAGUCUAAACACAUCGAAUACUAAAAAGCCCUCGAGAAAGCCUCGUCAACGAAUACAAGUGGCUGCCGAUGAAACUUUGAACCUGAGUGGAACUUCUACGCCUGCAAACGAUUCUGAGAACAGCACUGAUGGACCCGUCAAGGCGCGAAUGGCAAAAGGGAAACAAUCCCUUUUACAAGUAGACUCGAGUCAUAUCGGCCAAUUUUCCCUUGAGGGUGACAAUACUAGCGGAAUUGACUUUGAGCGGCAGCAGAAAGAGGAUGCUGAGAUGGUAAAGGCUAUGAAAGAGGUAGAAAGGCUUCGAUUGGAGAUGCAGCGAGCGAAUGAGAGAAUCCACGCUGCACAAGACGUUCCACCAGAAGGAACGGUGGUGAAGAAGAAGACGAAGAAGAAGACCAAACCAGUAGAAGGCGAAGUAGCGACAGUGGUUAAGAAAAAGAAAAAGGCCAAGAAAACUGUAGUUGACGAAGGAGAAGGCGAAGGCGAAAUUUCCAUGGCUCCAACGAUUACAGAUGUCGUAAAGCCAAAGAAGAAAAAGAAGAAGCCAAAGGUCGAAGAAGAGGUCAUGGAACAGGCGUAA